UUAUUAUCGAAAUUAAUAUUUUUUGUUUGUUUUUAGCCAUGUUUAAGGUAGAUUUAAAGGCCUUGCUCCAGUUGUCUAUGUCGACGGAGGGUCCAUUGCUGCAACACAAGCGCAUUAAGUGCGACAAAGGGAGCUAUAUGCUCUGCUAUGUGCUGCAGGACGGUUACCUGACGAUAAGACAGGCGAAAGUCAUACGAAGAGGUUGGCGCUCCAAGCGACUGCUGCGCCAGAUGAGGAUGGCGCGAGCCUGCGUUGCUGACACACAGUCGACCAUCGACAUAAUGGAAGCGUCUCCCAGUACAAAGGAGGCAGAUAGUCAAACAACUGUGAUUCGAUACUCGCAUUGCACUGUGGAUACGAUGGAUCUAAGUCUGAUGAUCUCCAGGCAGCAGCAGACGCUUAUACAACUCUUCAACUCCGCCAGUUGCCAGACAAAGCAUCUCCAGAUGGAGACGCGUUCCACGCAGAUGGUGCUGGAGCUGAAGUCCAGGUGGACAGAGACAGAGGUCAUGCCCAUUGCGACGACUAUGAGAAGCACUCAGACAUUGUGCGUAACCCGCCGCCAGGAUAACUUCACGCAAACAGAUUUCUCAAGCAUGUCGGACCACAAGAGGCAGGGGGAGGAGAGAGUGUUUCAGCUGCAGGAGCGUAUAGUUAAUUUGCUAUUGCGAUCUGUGAAUAACCAGAGCAAUCUGUUGCUUAACAGCGUUGAAUCCAUCAAUCAGCUGGUGGAGUUCAAGCAGUUGGAAUUGGUAAAGCAAAGACUGGAAAAGGCACAGGCACAGGAUGCAGCCAAGCAGGCUGAGAUGCUCAAGCCGAAGCAAAGGCACUCGAAAAGGCUGAACAAACGGUUGCAUUGCAACAAGUUCAGGAUCUGGGCCAGGCCAGCAGCCAAGUCCAGCAAGCAGCUACAGAUGCAGGCACACACCCAAACCGAGCGAACGAUCACAGACAGCACGCAAACGGAGCAGUUGAUGGAGAAGCCAGUGGUCCUCUUGGCGGUGGCUGCCACGCAAACAGAUCGGCUCAAAGGACUCUCUUGGCUGCGCAUAAGCAACUGAAGCUGCAUACUUUCAUACAUACAAAUUUAUACAUAUACAUAUUUACUUACCAUAGCCAGCGCCAGUUGGUAGCUGCUUUUAUUGUUGUUAUUUCUGUGAUUGUUUUUGUUCUUGUUGCACUCAUUGUGAUUAACAUAAAAUGUUGUACUUGAAAAUGUAUGCUUAAUAGCGCAUCGCUUGAUGGCGCCAAAGUUGGGCACUAUGUUAAUUUAACAGUGCACUGUUAAUCGUGAUUUACAGUUCUUUAUUUGAUGCACUUGUGUUAGCCGCAGACACGUCCGCACGCGACAAU